CGUAUAUAUAUAUAUAUUGUUUUUUAUUGUUUAUUUAAAACGAUAUAUCUUCUAUAAUAAUUUAUACUAAUCAAUUUUCCUUAUUUGAUUGCCAUCAUAUAAAGAUUAUUUAAUAUCAAAAAUAUAUCGUGUAUCAGUGGAAUUUAGUCAUUCGUUGAAGUAGUUCAGUAUUUGGAAUUUGUUAAAUUUAAUGUUUCAUAUCAUUCUCUUUAUUUAUUACAAAAAAUUAGAUAGGCAUUUGCAUAGUUGAAAUAAAACAUUUUAGUGAGAUAAAAGAAAACUAUGUAUCCAAAGAAUACAGGUUAUUUUACAAAUCUACCAAAUCAUUGCACACCACCAUCAGGAUUAACUAAAUUUGUUGCAAGAAAUCCAUUUGAAAGUGACUUGACUAAUACAUUACAUAAGUCUGUUAUUAGUCCAAGUGUUUUUAGAAAGGUAACUAAUCCUCAGCAUUCACCUGAAUUCUCGUGGAGCGUAGAAGAAUUAGCUCUAAUAAAACCAGCAAAAAUAGAAGAAUUUCCUAUAGAACAAAUACAUAAUGCAGAUCCAGACGUUGAAUUAAAGGCUCAGGAAGCGAUUGAUAAAUUUUUUAUGACAAAUGAGAUAGUACCAAGCCCAUGGGAAUCUAAGAGAAAAGAAAAUAAACUUGAUAUUAAACAGAAUACUCCUAAGCGGUUUAUUGAUAAAUUAAAUGCAUUCCAAAAUACUCCUAAACCAAUCAAAAAAGAUGGUGCGUGUCAAACAACUUUAUCUUUUCCAUCAAUAUUACCAACAAAUGUCGAAGAAGCAUUAAAACCAUAUUUUAAAUUUAAUGAGAAUGAGGAACCAAACACAGAUAACGAUGAUGCAAACUUAAGUUAUAAUUCGUUAAGGAGAAAAUUAUUUUUCAACUUUAAUGAGUGUACUGAUGAUGAAGAGCAAAGUUCUUUCUUAGUUUCCCCAAUCAAAAUGAAUCUUUCUUCAAUAUUCUGUAAAAGUCCUCCAGAGAGUGGAAUGUUUCAUAAUGGCUCACCAUUAAAGAAAUGUUCCCGUAAAAUGGAACGUUAUGGAACACCUAUACAAUGUUCUGAAAAUAUAUCACCUAAUAUAUCAUCUAUAGCUGAUAUUGACGAGACACCAAUAGAUGACAUUAAAAAAUAUUAUUCCCGUCCAGUUAUGAAAUUAAAUUUUUGUCGUAGUAUGGAAAUGUCUCUUUCGAAUAAUACGCAAGUUUUCGAAGAUAAAGUACCAGAUAAUUUAACUAUAAACGAAGAAAAUUCAAAUAAAUCCAAUAAUGAUCAUGAAAACACGAAAACAGAUAUAACUGCAGAAAUGAAUUCAGUGGGAGUAAAUUCAACAUCUUUAAUCAAAGACAAUGAAAAAAAUGAAAUUAUUAAAGAUAAAGAAGAUAAAAUUAUUAAAGAUAAUAAUAUGAAGGAAAUAAAGAACUUUCCUGAUUUUAGUCAGGUUUAUAAAUUGGGAAAGUGCACUUCACAACAAAUCCCUAGAUACUGGGAAAUGUCUGAGAAACAAAGUGCUUCUAAUAUUAUUCAAGACACUGGAUAUUUAACUUUUUCUAUGAAUAGUACAACAAAUCUAACGGACAAUAGUUCAACUAAGCAGAAGUUUUAUAACAAUGAACAAUUUUUAUUAUUUGACGAUGAAAUUCCACUUUCUGAUUGGAAAGAAAAUUGUAAAAACAUUGCUUGUUCUACACCUUCAAAAUAUAAUGUCAAUGAAAAAGGGUAGCUGACUUAUUGUUAUUCUUUCUUAUGUACGAAGAUUUAUAAAAUUCUCAGUAUUUUUUUGUAACGAUAAUAAUUUUGUAGA